AUGUCUCGAGUUCCCUUCGCAGACCCUCCUUGGCUCAGAGGCCUACCCUCACCCUAUUUCAACGAUUCACACAAGAGGUUCCAAGUCGCGUGUCGCAAGUUCAUCGACGAAAACCUGAACAAGGAUGCACUUGAAUGGGAAACAUCCGAGGAAGUGCCAUCCAACGUGUUCAAGACGUUCGCCGAUGGCAACUUCCUUCUUCCCGCCCUGCCGGCGCCUUUGCCCGUAGAGUGGCUGCGAAAGCUCGGAAUUACCCACAUGCCCGGGCGGGUGCCGAUCGAGGAAUGGGACUACUUGCACACAAUGAUCUACUCCGAUGAGAUGAGUCGAUCCGGUCUGGCUGGUCCCGGAGGAUCUAUCACUACUGGCGUUGCUUUUGGAAUCCCACCUUUGCUGCAUUAUGGCGAUAGCAAGUUGCAAGAAAGGUUCCUGCCGGAGCUUUUGCUUGGACGAAAGAGAACUUGUAUUGCGAUUACUGAGCCAGACGCCGGAUCAGACGUCGCAAACAUCACCACCACAGCUGAGCUGCAAGGUAACGAAUACAUCGUGAACGGAACCAAGAAAUGGAUUACCAACGGUGUAAUGGCGGACUAUGCAACUUUGGCCGUCCGAACCGGUGGCGAAGGCUCAGGGGCUAAGGGAAUUUCGCUCCUAGUGGUGCCCCUGGACCAGCCUGGAGUAUCCAGAAGGCGCCUCAAGGUCUCUGGGCAGAUCAUCGCGGGCACCUCGUUCAUCGAGUUGUCCGACGUUCGCGUGCCACGCGAGAAUCUCAUCGGCCGCGAGAACGAAGGCAUGAAGUAUAUCAUGCACAACUUCAACCAUGAGCGCAUGUUCAUCUCGGUGGGCGUGACACGGCAGGCCAGAGUGGCGCUGAGCUCGGCGUUUGCGCUAUCCGGAAAGCCACUCAUUGACCAGCCAGUCGUGCGCCAUCGCCUGGCGAAAUGCGGGGCAUUGCUCGAGUCGCAGUCUGCUUGGGUCGAAUCAUUUGCCUAUCAGCUGUCAAAGAUGCCCAAGAAGACUGCAGACGAGGAACUUGGCGGCUUGACCUCCUUGUGCAAAGCCAACGCAGGAAUUGUGCUAGAUGAAUGUGCAAGGUGCGCUGUUCUGUUGUUCGGAGGUAACGGAUACACUCGCACUGGAAAAGGAGAGAUUGCAGAAAAGAUCUACCGUGAAGUUCCGGGUGCGCGGAUUCCUGGUGGAAGCGAGGAUGUGUUGCUUGAUCUAGCUAUUCGCCAGUUGACCAAGAGGUUCCUUGCAGAAACCGAGAAGGAGAAGAAGAGAUCCAAGCUGUAG